AUGCAAGAACUAACAGAAAAGAAGGUACCCCGACCCACCAUGACACAAUUCAGCAAUGCUGAAAGUGAUAGCGAAAGUGAAGAAGAGAGCCGUCGACCUAGGCGCCACUGGUUAUUCGGGAAGAGCGAGGACAGAAGAGGGAAGGUCGUACCGGAGUCCACGAUGAUGAAGAAGGGCCAUCUGAGAACCAAGACGAAUUCUCAAGCCCAAGAAUCUGACAUUGAACCAUACUCCACCGUGUCAGAUCUUGACGUGCGUUCGGAUCAGAUAGAAGAACCGACCAUGUCACGAGAUAACGUUCGGGAAGAGAUGGUAAAAGUAGAAACCGAGAAAGUUGAGAUGGACAGCAGAAUCAGUAACCGACAGAAUGAGCAAACCGAGAUAACAUUAGUGGAAGAACCAGAUGGGAUCAUUAGCGGAAGAACGGCAUCAAUGACAACGAAGUGGACACACGUAUGCCAAGGCACAGUCAAACUUUACAGCAUUUUCACGAAUUGGCAACAUGCAGUAAAUGCAACAAAUGCGAGAAAGAUGGCAAUAGCUUAUUUUAACGUGUUUACAACGAAGAAAUUUUAUACGACGCGGAAAUUCAAGGCGCAACUAAUGCGAUUCGUACCGGAUAGCACAGUAAGCUUUGUAUGCGGCAUGCAUCCCGGGAAUCAAAAUGUUAUGGAUGAUACGGCCAAGAAAAAACAAAUGGUUUGGAAACCCAAUGCGCGAAUGGCUCAACCGACAUGGAAUGACAUCGGAGAAGCUACAACACAUGACCACGAGAGAUCACGAUCCGUUUCAUUAAUCAAACCACAAGCCGAGGAAUUGAUGACAUCCACGGCUAAUGCAUAUUACCCGAGAGCUAAGAAAAGGCGCUGGAAUGGUAGACUAAGGGUUAGGAAAAUAAUCAUCAAUGUGUCACGAAAACGGAAAAGGGAUAGGACCUACCAUCAUCGCACCAUAGCAUCCAUCAGAGUAAAAUCAAAGAUAACUCAGCGUAAUUAUGUGCAUCAGUCAUACCUACCUUGGAACCCUGAUACGGCUAAAAGGAAAUGGAAGAACCGUAUACUUCGCCAGGAAAUCGGAUCGGGAAGCCAGCUAGAGCAAUCUUAUAGGACUACCCGAAUUCGUGACAUCACCGGAAAAAGGCCUAAUUUUGAGUUUGUGCGCACAAGUAGGAAUGAUGGGAAAGAAGGUUACAAAAGAGUAAAUGCUAGUAAUCCGGCUGUAACGAAAGAAAUCGAAAAUGAACCGGGAACUACAGUCAAUGACGGAAAUGGCAACUCGGAUGUCUGCACUAUCACUUCACCAUGCGAUAUCCAACCGUCCGAUACGCCACCACCAUGGAUAACCUGUCGAAUUCUAGAAGUAGUGGAAAUCUUUGUCGAGGAUGCCAAAGAUAA